AUGGAUAGAGAACGAGAAUUUACGAGGGGACGAGAAGAAAAGCCGAGAGAAAAAAAAAGGAGUGAAAACAAAAGGAAAAGGACGAAACGAUAUAAAGAAAAGUGGUCUGUAUUUCUUUCAUUCCUCUUUUCGUUCUUUUCUUUCUUUUUCUUAUUUCUUUCUUUCCAUAUCUUUCUUUUUUUUCACUCUUUCUUUCCAACUUAUUCUUUCCUUGUUAAUCUUCCUUUCUCCUUUCCUUCUUUCUAUCUUUCUUUCUUUCUUUUCCUUCCUUCCUUCUUUCCUGCCUGCUUGCCUUCCUUCCUUCCUAUCUUCCUUCCUUCCUUCCUUCCUUUUCUUUCUUCCUUCCUUCCUUCCUUCCUGCUUGCCUUCCUCCCUCCCUUCCUUCUUGCCUGCUUGCUUUCCUUCCUUCCUCCUUUCCUUCCUUCCUACCUGCUUGCUUUCCUUCCUUCCUAUCUUCCUCCCUUCCUUCCCUCUUUCCUUUCUUCCUUCCAUCCCUUUUUCCUUCCUUCCUAUCUUCCUUCCUUCCUGCUUGCCUUCCUUCCUUCCCUCUUUCCUUCCUUCCUUCCUCCCAUCCUCCAUCCCUCCCUUCCUUCCUGCCUGCUUGCCUUCCUUCCUUCUUUCCCUUUUUCUUUCCUUCCUUCCUUCCUUCUCUCCUUUCCUCCCUUCCUUCCUUUUCUCUUCUUUUUCCUCCCUCCUUCCUUCCUUCCUUCCUUUUCUCUCCUUUCCUCCCUUUCUUCCUAUCUUCCUUCCUUCCUUCCUUCCCUUCUUUCCUUCCUUUCUUUCCUUUCUUCCUUCCUGCUUGCCUUCCUUCCUUCCUGCCUGCUUGCAUUCCUUCCUUCCUUCCCUCUUUCCUUCCUCUCUCCUUUCCUCCCCUUCCUUCCUUCAUCCCUCCUCUUUCUUUCUUUCCUUCCUUCCUUCCUUCCUUCUUCUCUCCUUUUCCAUUCCUUCCUUCCUCCCUCCCUAUUUUUCUUUUCCUUCCUUCCUUCCUCUCUCCUUUCCUCCAUUCCUUCCUUCCUCCCCUCCCUCUUUUCUUUCCUUCCUUCCUUCCUUCUCUCUCCUUUCCUCCAUUCCUUCCUUCCUUCCUCUUUCCUUCCUUCUUUUUCUUUCUUUUCUUCCUUCCUACUUGCCUUCCUUCCUCCCUUCCUUCCUUCCUUCCUUCCUUCCUUCCUUCCUUCCUUCCUUCCUUCCUUCCUUCCUUCCUUCCAGCCUGCUUGCCUUCCUUCCUUCCUUCUUUCCUUCCUUCCUUCCCCAGUUCUUCAUUUUUUCCGAUUCCAUAUCUUUAGUCGCCACUAA